GCGGUGGGCAGGUGGGCGGGAUGCCACUGCCAAUGGCGCUUCUGAAGUUCUGUAGGGAGAGAAAGGGCAGAAGUAUGUGGAGGGCGGUCUGUCCACCUCUGCUGUUGAUCGUGCUCUUGUUCGUAGCUUUACAACAUGUACAGCAAGCUGGCUGACAGAGGUUAUAGCGCUCGAUAACGAACCUUCAAGCCCGAGAAUACAACAAAGAGCAUUACGAUCAUGGCCAUCGCUGCUGGGGUUGAACUGAGAUUGCGAAGCUGCUUUUAAGCUGGUGAUUUUCAGUAGCCAUGGCGUUGCAGCAAGAAGCCAUCAAAUGGAUCGCAGGAACGGACUUCAUGGUGGAUGGUUUCAAGUUUCAGAACCUGCGCUGCCGGCGCUACUUUCUGACCCACUUUCACAGUGAUCAUACGAUUGGUCUCUACCGAUCCUUCAAUUCGGGGACCAUCUUUUGCUCGCGCAUCACUGCCGCGCUGCUGAUCAACUGCAUGGGGCUGCGAUCGGACUGCAUCCAGGUUCUGCCUAUGGACAAAACAGUGACGAUCGAUGGGGUGGAAGUCACCGCACUGGAUGCGAACCACUGCCCCGGAUCUGUCAUGCUCCUUUUCAAGGUACCUGGUCACGGGGGGCGGCCGGCGCAGGUAAUCCUGCACACGGGAGACUUUCGAUACCACGAGCGCAUGGCAGACUACCCCAGCCUGCGCAACACGCUCAUUGACACCAUAUAUCUGGACACCACGUACGCCUACCCCCGCCACACCUUCCCAUCGCAAGAAGACGCCAUCGCGACAACCGUGAGACUGUGCCGGAAGCAUCUGUUGGACGAGGCGCGGCCGCUGUUCGUGUUUGGAGCGUACCAGAUCGGCAAGGAGCGCGCGGUGAUCGGUGCCGCGAAGGCGCUCGGCUUGCGGGUGCACAUCGAGCCGCGCAAGCGGCGCAUCCUCUCUCUGCUGGACCUGCAAGAUAUGGACCUUUUCACACCGAACGCGGCCGAUGCAGACAUUCACCUAGGCUUCAUGUCGGAGGUUCGCCCACCGGCUAUGCUGCGCCGUUUGAAGGAGGGCGGCGGCAAGUGGGCCCAGGUCAUCGGCUUCAGACCGACGGGGUGGAGUUUCCGAAAGGACGGUGUGCACACCACCAAGCAGGGGCUGGCCACCGUGUAUGGAGUGCCCUACUCGGAGCACUCGAGCUUCGACGACCUGCGCGCGUGCAUUGCGGCCCUCCGGCCCCGCAAGAUCAUCCCCACCGUUAAUGCGGACACCAAGUUGAAGGCGGCCAAUCUGGUAGCACGCUUUGCGGACCUAAUGGACCUGUCCGCCAAUAGGUACCGCAUCGAUGCCUUCUUCCGGCCGCGCCCCGCAAAACGCCUAGAUUCCGGCCUUCCAACCACGGACACGCAGAGCCCUGACGUUUGUGCGAGCAAGCGUCCGGACGAAAGCGCGGACGCAUUCCGGACAAGGGGUCUGAACGGAAUGUGCCCGUCUGCGAAGAUGCAGGACCAGGUCACCUUUGCGGGAGAGGCCGAGCCGCAAUUUGGAGAAUCAGAGCUUUUGUCGGAGGGGGUAAUGGAAGCUUCGGUGAUGAGAGAAGAUGAAGCGGGCUGCGGAUCAGAGCGGGACGAAGGGUUUGCGGAGCGAAACGAAGGGUUUGAGGAGCUAACCGAAGCGUGUGAGGAGCGAAAGGAACGGUUUGCCGAGCGGAAUGAAGGGUCUGAGGACCUAAACAAAGGGUAUCAGGAGCUAAUCGAAGGGUUUGCGAACCGAAACGAAAGCUCUGAGCAGCGAAAGGGAGGGUUUGCGGAGCUCAAAGAAGGGUCUGAGGAGCGGAAGGAAGGGUUUGCGGAGCAAAACCAAGGGUUUGAGGAGCUUAUCGGGGUCCAAGGUUUGGAUUGCGAGGGGCCUGAUGAGGAAGCCGCGUUCAGCGAGUUUGACGAGGAGGUCUCCGAGAGAGGCGAAGAAGAGUGCAUUGACGGGGGAUCGGACACCCUAUUAUGGGAGGGUGCUACAGACGGCCUGGUGAAAGGGGGGGAGAGUGGAAUGCAGUUCGAGUCUCACGGCCAGGAAACGCGGUUCAAAGAGACGCAAGAAUCGGCCUUUCAAGAAGGUCUAGACACCAGCAGCUUUCAACCAGUCGAUGUCGCGAGAGCCGCGGAUGGAAGAUGUAAGCAGGAAGUAGCGUCGGGGUUGGGAGAUGAGUGCUUAGAGAAGGCCUGCGAGGGACGCACUGAGAACUGGGCGGAAGCUGCCACUGGUGGGGAAAGUGAUGCGGCUAAGAACGGGGGAGCCUCGGACGGAAUUCUUGAGAAAAUAAGCCGCCCUUUCUUGGAGAGUGAGUGCGGGGGAGACUCUGGGGGCCAGAAACAGGGGCUGGGGCCAGAGGAGGGGAGGGGUUUUGAAUGGUCAGAAUCGAGGAUGGGCGGAAGGACGAGAGAAGCAAACUUGCAUGAAGGGGGCCAAGUUGCUGAGUGUUGGGGGCAAGGGGCGGAUGGAGAUCUGGGGGUUGGGAAUGAGAGUUCGCAGGGAUAUUUCGAAGGUUCGGACACAGAUGAAACGGCGGCCGAGGUUUCGGACACGUGGCAGAUUGGCCACCAGGACGGCGACGACGGGGGGUCCUGGGAAGAGAUUCCGGUGGACCGGCUGCUGCGUUCCGGCGGAACCGCCCGUGAGGCGGAACUGUGUACGGACGAAGCUAGGGGGAAAGUGACGGACAGUCCUCUUGGUGACGGAACGGUUUCCCAGAGUGCGUGGGACUGCGAUUGCGCACCAGAAGGGGUUGAGCAGGAAGCGCGGAAGAGAUCUGUUGCUGGCGCGCUUUUGCCUUCUGACGAGCGCGGCAAGAUAAGCACCGAAGUGGGUCGAUUGGGGAACAGAACGGCAGAGCUCGAGAAGGAGAGUAAUCACGGGAAUGUGGACUUUGCAACGUGCAAUGGCCGAAAAGAUGAUGGCGAAGUGCGCCCUUGCGCCCAAGCGUCAGAGGAGGAGGGCCAUGAAACCUUUGAAGGUCCCCACCCGACGAGCGGUCUGUCUACGGAAUGCACUGUACAUAGCUGCGAGAUUAGUGUUGACAUAAUGGCGAUUGACAGCAGGGAGCAAGCAUACAUUCUUCGAAGUAUAGAGCAAGCAAAGAUGAAAACGGACCAAAAGCCAAGGGGGAAGCGAAAAGUGACCAUUCCAGGCGGGAGCCGAGUUGCAAACACAGGACAAAGCGGACCAAGAGGGAAGAAGCCGAAGUCGAGCUCGCCUGGCGUGCCUGCGAGUGAGUUUGCAGGAAGAGCGAAGUCGGAAGGGCAAACGCAAGGGCAGACGCUGAUCAAGUCCUUCUUUUGUCUUCGAAGGACAGCAUGAGGCAAAGUCACGGUGCUGAUAAUCUCGUGAUUCAGGCAUCCGCAAGUGUUGUCUAACGAACUCGGAAAGUUGCACCAUUCAACAAGUUAAACAGUUUCUCCACUUCAUUGCAGCGU